AUGCCCAUCUGCAUAGAGUGUCGGUACCCCGUCAAAACACUGUACACCGAGUACUCCAAAGCCGACGACCGCGCGCUAGGCAAGGGCGUGCGCUUGACACAAUGUCCGCGCUGCAAAAAGUUCGCUGACAAGUAUGUCGAGCAUGACUUUGUGGUGCUGUUCAUUGACUUGGUCUUGAUCAAGCCGCAAGUCUACCGCCAUCUCCUCUUCAACCGCCUCGGUCGCGAUGACGACAAGUUCGAUCGCUCGAUCCUCCGCCUGGGUAUUCUCCUCCUCCUCUUCGACGUCUACCUGACAUGGGCGCGCAUCGAGAAGCUCGCCCUGCCCUCGGCAGCGCCCGACCCUGCCCACGCGUCCUCGGCGCGCGAGCCCCUCACAAACGCAACCGUGCUGCAAGCGCAGCCUCUGAUCCUGCAAUACCUGUUCUUCCUCCUCCUCGUCACCCUCAGCACGCUCGCGUUUCACAUCCCCAUCCGCCUGCUCACCAGCUUCAACCCGUCGGCCCUCCCGCAACCCGUGCAAUCCUGGUGGACCAGGCUCAUACCACACUACCCGCAUCCCACCCCGCUGUCCACGGCGCUGCUUGUGAGUAGCUGCACGAAGCUGUUUCCCAUACUGCUCAUCAUCUGGGACUACGACCUCCCGUCCAGCGCGACGGCGGUGAGCUGGGCGGUCAUCGUGAACAACAUUGCGGCGCUGGAGAUUCUCAUGGAUUGUGGCUACGUGCGGGCGGGGCUGCUGGUCGGUGUGGGUGCUGCGCUUCGAUGGAUAGUUGCGGACAGUGUGGUGAGGGAGGCUGGGUUGGGGAGUGGAUGGAAGGGCAAUCAAGGACUAUGGAGCGGUGUUGAACGGUGGCUUAGCGGGGGUUAG